UCGCAGCCCCUUCUCCUCGUUUUCACCCCUCCCCCCUCGGUCGUGGGCCUCAUUCACGCUUCCCCGGGCUUGGGGAGGGGGCGGAGGCCCGGCGUGACAAGCGGCCCAGAUUCCGGUGGGUGCCGCACACCUGUUGUUUGCAGCAGCCAGCGACCCGCACUACCGCUCUAGGCGGGCGGGGAAGCGGCCGCAGCGGAGCCGACCCGGCAGGUGGCCGCGGGUGGGGCCGGCGAGCGAAAGUGCGCGGGGGCCCGACCACCGCGGGGCCGGGACGCGAUGGCGGCGGCAGAGCCCGCGAGCUCGGGCCAGCAGGCGCCGGCAGGGCAGGGGCAGGGCCAGCGGCCGCCGCCGCAGCCUCCGCAGGCGCAAGCCCCGCAGCCGCCGCCUCCGCCGCAGCUCGGGGGCGCUGGGGGCGGCAGCAGCAGGCACGAGAAGAGCCUGGGGCUGCUCACUACCAAGUUCGUGUCGCUGCUGCAGGAGGCCAAGGACGGCGUUCUGGAUCUCAAAGCGGCUGCUGAUACUUUGGCUGUGAGGCAAAAAAGGAGAAUUUAUGAUAUCACCAAUGUCCUAGAGGGAAUUGACUUGAUUGAAAAAAAGUCAAAAAACAGUAUCCAGUGGAAAGGUGUAGGUGCUGGCUGUAAUACUAAAGAAGUCAUAGAUAGAUUAAGAUAUCUUAAAGCUGAAAUUGAAGAUCUAGAACUGAAGGAAAGAGAACUUGAUCAGCAGAAGUUGUGGCUACAGCAAAGCAUCAAAAAUGUGAUGGACGAUUCCAUUAAUAAUAGAUUUUCCUAUGUAACUCAUGAAGACAUCUGUAAUUGCUUUAAUGGUGAUACACUUUUGGCCAUUCAGGCACCUUCUGGUACACAACUGGAGGUACCCAUUCCAGAAAUGGGUCAAAAUGGACAAAAGAAAUACCAGAUCAAUCUAAAGAGUCAUUCAGGACCUAUCCAUGUGCUGCUUAUAAAUAAAGAGUCGAGUUCAUCUAAGCCCGUGGUUUUUCCUGUUCCCCCACCUGAUGACCUCACACAGCCUUCCUCCCAGUCCUUGACUCCAGUGACUCCACAGAAAUCCAGCAUGGCAACUCAAAAUCUGCCUGAGCAACAUGUCUCUGAAAGAAGCCAGGCUCUGCAGCAGACAUCAGCUACAGAUAUAUCUUCAGCAGGAUCUAUUAGUGGAGAUAUCAUUGAUGAGUUAAUGUCUUCUGAUGUAUUUCCUCUCUUAAGGCUUUCUCCUACCCCGGCAGAUGACUACAACUUUAAUUUAGAUGAUAAUGAAGGAGUUUGUGAUCUGUUUGAUGUCCAGAUACUAAAUUAUUAGAUUCCAUGGAAACUUGGGACUGUUAUCUACCUCUAACUGUGUAACAUUUUAGACUUCUUAAUAACCUAAGUAUUUAAAAUAAUGAAUGUAACACCUUUUUUAGUUCACUGAUUCUGAAGUGUUCUUCCCUAAUACUUUCUUUACUUCACAAAACUUCAACCAUAAAAACAAAGGGCUCUGAUUGCUUUAGGGGGUAAGUGAUUUAAUAUCCACAAACCUCCCCACUCCCAAAAGUAACUAUAUUCUGGAUUUCAACUUUUCUUCUAAUUGUGAAUCCUUCUGUUUUUUUCUUCUUACAAGAGGAAAGUUAAAGGACACUACAGGUCAUCAAAAACAAGUUGGCCAAGGACUCAUUACUUGUUUGUCUUAUAUUUUUACUGCCACUAAACUGCCUGUAUUUCUGUAUGUCCUUCUAUCCAAACAGACAUUCACUGCCACUUGUAAAGUGAAGGAUGUAAACGAGGAUAUAUAACUGUUUCAGUGAACAGAUUUUGUGAAGUGCCUUCUGUUUUAGCACUUUAAGUUUAUCACAUUUUGUUGACUUCUGACAUUCCACUUUCCUAGGUUAUAGGAAAGAUCUGUUUAUGUAGUUUGUUUUUAAAAUGUGCCAAUGCCUGUACAUUAACAAGAUUUUUAAAAAUAAAAUUGUAUAAAACA